AUGAAUUAUAUUUGGCCAUCUACGCUCACAUUAGAUCUUGUCGUGACUUCGCAAGUAGAUGUCGGAAAGACUGAAGCCGACAAGGCUGAAGUAGCGCAGUGGAUUGAGAAGCUUGCGGAAGAAAAGGUUGCUCUUCAAGAUCUUGAGACCCAACUUGUCCCUCGUACAUAUAUUGUGAGCAACUAUCUUACUGCAGCAGAUGUUGCCCUAUAUGGAGCACUGCACCCAAUCUUUACGCAGCUACAACCUGGUUACGACUACCCUGCAGUCACGCGUUACUUUGACCACAUUCAAACACGACCAUCUGUACUGGCUGCUGCAAGUGCACUUUCUCCACCAUUUUCUCUUGUUUCUUUUGACUUCUCGUCUGCCCCUCCAAUUGAGAGGAAAGUGGAUGCGCCAAAGAAGAAAGAGAAGGCUGCAGCUGUGGCGGAGCAGGCCGAACGGACACCUGUAGCGGCAAGAGAAAAAGAGAAAGCUUCUGCUCCUGCUGGCAGCAAGGCUGUUGCUGAAGAUGCCGGUGAACCUGUGCCUUCAAUGAUUGAUAUGCGGAUCGGUCACAUUGUUGAUGUUAAAAAGCACCCUGAGGCUGACAGUUUAUAUAUCGAGCAAAUUGACCUUGGUGAGGAGACUGGUCCACGAACGGUUGUUUCUGGUCUCGUGAACUACAUACCUAUUGAAGAAAUGCGGGAUAAGUACCUGGUUUGCAUCUGUAACUUGAAACCCGCGAAUAUGCGUGGAGUGAAGAGCUUUGCGAUGGUCCUAGCUGCAACAUCAAAAGAUGGGAAGGACGGUGGCGUUGAGCUUAUCCAACCUCCGCCAGGUUGCAAGCCAGGUGACCGGGUGUACUUUGAGGGCCCCGAUUACGAAAACGCCCAGCCAUUGGCUCAAAUGAACCCCAAGAAAAAGAUAUUUGAGACAAUUCAACCAGGAUUCACGACGCUAGAUACGAAGGAGGCAGCGUGGAUCAACCCGGUAACCAAAUCAGUUCACAGGAUCCGUACCAAGGACGGUAUUUGUGUUGCUCCGAACUUCGUUGGAGCAUCGUUAUCAUAG